AUGAGCAGGGCCGGCCCCUCGGCGACCCCGGCCCGGGCCCGGCCGGGAGCCGGCGUUGGACCCCUGAGGGCCAAGGAGCCGGCGGACCGGUCCAGCGGGGCGUCGAGCGCCGUCAGCGAGCUGGACGAGGCGGACAAGGAGGUGCGAAGCCUGACUUCCCGCGCUUUCCGCAGCCUGGCCUACCCCUUCUUCGAGGCGACGGGCCUCGCCUCCCGGGAGCCCUCGGCCGCCCCGUCGGACGGAGGCCCCGGACGCCCGGCCACCGUGCUGGACCUCAAGGGAGGAGCGCUGGACCCCCGGGAGGAGCUCCCCGGCAGGACCGGCGGCGGAGGACAGGGCCGCGGGGCCCUGACGGCCGCCGACCGGCUCUCGGCCCACGCCGGGAGGGCCCAGGCCAAGGCGCUGGACUUCGUGGUCAGCCGCGUGGAUGGCGAGAUCACCCACGUGGAGGUGCCGCCGGCCUCGCGGACGGCGACCCCGGCCCAGCCUGGCAGAGGGCAGCUGGAGGACCGCCCAGAGGCGGCGGCCGCCGGCCCCCGCCAGUCUGGCCUGGCGUCCAGCCUCCUGAAGAACGUCAUCUCCAAGAAGAUGCGGCGCGAGUACGAGUUCCGGCUGGAGCGAGGACGGGGGGCGCAGGGCCUGCAGCGGCAGGCUUCAGCCUACUCGGAGGCCGGCUCCGACCCUACGGAGGGCGGCGCGCCCGAGGCGGGCCGGGAGCCGGACCCGCCCGGGUCGUCACCCACUUUCCGGGCCAGCGCCCCCCGGGAGACGGCGGGGUCGCCCUGCCGGCCCGGCGCCUCAGAGCUGGUCAAGGGCGUCUUCCUGCGCAGCCAGAACAGCGCCUUCCGGUCCUGGAAGGCCCGGGAGGCCGAGAGGCGGGAAGACAAGGCCCCGGGGGUGAGACUGAGGCCCCGCAGGGCCGGAGCCACGGUCAUGUCCAGCCUGUUCGUGCCCGCCCUCCGGCCCGGAGGCCGGGCCGAGCCGGCGUCCAAGCUCCCGGCCCCGGCCGCCGCCCCGGAGAUCAAGAUCCGCCUGGGGAGCGUGCAGCCGCCCGGCUCCGACUGGGACGCCGCCAAGCCGCUCGUCGCCCCGGAGGUGACCGGAGGGACCGGCCGGCCGGCGGUCCAGCCGACCGUCCAGCCGCCCAAGCCCCUCCGGGGCGACGGGCUGGACCGAGCCCUGCCCCAGUUCCUGGUCCGCAACGUCAGGGAGCAGGCCAGGGCCCCGGGCCCAAUCCACCAGGUGAGGGACGUCCGUAAGCUCAUCAAGGGCGCGGGGGAGGGCGGGGAGCGGGGCAGCGUCACCCCCGAGGGUGCUCCCCCAGGCCCCAGGCCCCGGCCCGCACCCGCCGGACGGCCCGGGUCCCCGUCGCCCCCGGUCGUCACCUGCCCGGCGGUGCCCCAGGGCAAGGAGGCCGGCGGCAGGGCCCUCCGGCCUCCCCCGGCCUCCUCCGAGGGCACCGUCUUGGUCCACCGGGCUUCGGGCCGCUUGCCGGUGGCCACCAUCGCCCCCAACAAGACGGAGGGCACCCACCUGCCCGUGCUGAAGAUCAUCACCAAGGCCGCGGCGCUCAGGUCACCCGAGAGGCCCCGGGCGGUGGCCCCGGAGGCCCCGGAGGAGGGGGACUCCCGGGAGGCGGCCAGGGGACCCCCGCGGAACGCGCUGGAGAAGCUCACGGCCGCCGUGAGGACCAUGGAGGAGCUCUACAGCUUCGACCGGCGCGAGUGGAGGCGGCGGAGCCAGCCUCCGUCCGCCCUGGCCCACAGCCACGUGCUGUCCCUCAUCGCCAGCGAGGAGCGGCAGAAGGUGGCCGCCGAAGAGCGCCCGCGGGGCGAACCCGAGCCCGGCCUGGACGCGCCGCGGGACAAGGCCCCGGCGUCCGGAGGGCGGCCCGGAGGAGGGCCCGGCCCGGGGCCCGCCGGCGACCGCUUGCCGAGGCGCAAUUCCAACCCGGGCACGGAGAGCGUGUCCGCCCGGGCGGCCGCCUUCGAGAGCCUGGCCAGGCAGAGGCCGCGCUCCCUCUACAUCCCUCCGGCCCCGAGGGGCCCGGAGAUGGCACCGCAGGCCCCCUCGCAGGCCCCAACCCGGCCCCUGCAGGCCCCCGGCUCCCUGGGCCCGGCCGGCCAGGUCGGCGGCCCCAAGGGCAACCCUGUGGCCGAAGGAGGACUGGCUGGGAAGUUUCCUCGGGGCCCCGGGCUCUGCUCCCCGAAGAUCUCGUCCGCGCCUGCACCCGGAAAGGGUGACGGGGAAGCCAAGACCCCCGACCGGGCCGGGGGCGACUGGGGCAGCUCCCUGGCCCUGCCCCGCAAGGGGGGCACGGCGGCCACAGCCCUGUGCAGCCUGCCCCCUCUGAGCGCCCGCAGCCAGGCGGUCACCAGCCCCCGGGCGGCCCCGGGAAGGCCCGCCUGGCGGGGCCGGGCCGAGCCCCCCAGGGAUCCCGACGGCCAGCCGCCCCCCGCCCCCUUCGCCCCGCCACCGCUGCCCUUCGGCCUACCCGGCGUCCAGCCGCAGCUGCUCUGCUUCACCCCGCCCGCCCCGCCGGCCCCGGCCACCCAGCGCAAAGUCCUGCUGGACCUGGCCACCGGCCAGUGCUACCUGGUGGACGCCCCGGCCCCGCAGCCCCUGACCCGCAGGCUCUUCGACCCGGAGACCGGCCAGUACGUGGACGUGCCCUUGGCCCCGCCGUCGCAGACCCCGGCCCCGUCACCCACAUCCCCGAUGACCCCGGUGACCCCGGUGCCCCUGUUGAGUCCAGGCGCCUACGGCCCCGCGUACAUGAUCUACCCGGGCUUCCUGCCCGCCGUCCUCUCCCCCGGCUCCCUGCCCCUCGCCCACCCCGGCGAGCCGUCCCCGGGGAUCCCCGGUCCUGAAGACCCCACAGAGGGGGCCUUCACCGCCAACGGCCCCUAUUUCAUCGCCACCGGCCGAUCCCCGUCCUCCUCCACCUCCUCCACAUGCCCGUCCUCGGGCACAGCCGUCAUCGCCGGCCCCUCGCAGCUGUUGGGCACCAAGGGCUACGCGCAAGUCCACGGCAAGCCGGUCAUCAGCAUCACCUCCCAGCCCCUGGGCCCCCGCCUCGCGGCACCCCCUUCCUUCGACGGCACCACCAUGAGCUUCGUGGUCGAGCACAGAUGA